AUGGCUGACUCGGAUGAGGAAUACGUGGGAAGUGUCACCGAUGACGAGGAUGAUUUCCAGGUGACUCGGACAGACCAAGUUCAGCCGCGAAAGCGAAAGCAGCGUGGAGGCGCGGAGUGGGAGCUGUCUCGAACCUGGGAGUCGCUGGUCGAGGGCGCCGAUGGAACCAUCAGCUCCACAGUUGAAGGGUUGCUAGAGGCGAGCAAGCGCAAGAGGCUUCUCAAAGAUACUACGCCUCUACAACGAGGCAUCAUACGACAUCUCAUCCUUAUCCUCGAUCUUUCACAGUCCAUGUCCGAAAAAGACCUCCGGCCUACGCGAUAUCUCUUGACUCUGCGAUAUGCUCAGGAAUUUGUGCGAGAGUUCUUUGAGCAAAACCCCAUCUCGCAACUUGGUGUCUUGGGUCUCCGAGACGGUCUUGCGCUCCGCGUGAGCGAUAUCAGCGGCAACCCAACCGAACACUUGACAGCGAUCCAGGAACUCAAGACGCAAGAUCCAAAGGGUCUACCGAGCUUGCAGAAUGGCCUAGAAAUGGCUCGAGGUGCUCUCUUCCACACUCCCAGCCAUGGCACGAGAGAAGUCCUCGUCAUCUUUGGUUCCCUCCUCUCCUCCGACCCCGGCGAUAUUCACCAGACCAUCAACACGUUGGUCGCUGACAAAGUGCGUGUCCGGAUUGUCGGUCUUGCCGCCAAAGUCGCCAUCUGUCAAGAGCUAUGCAGCCGGACCAACCGAGGCGAUGAAACGGCCUAUGGAGUCGCUCUCAAUGAGCAGCAUUUCCGGGAGCUCUUGAUGGACGUGACGACGCCACUGGCGACCCAGAAACAAUCGGCAAGCUCGCUCCUGAUGAUGGGCUUCCCCUCUCGUACCGUGGAGCCCAACCCUUCUCUCUGUGCAUGCCACUCGAAGCCAUCUCGAGGGGGGGUAUUUGUGUUCCCGCUGUGGGAGCAAAGUGUGCAGCCUGCCGGCCGAGUGUCCGUCGUGCGGCCUCACGCUGAUUCUGUCGACUCACCUUGCGCGCUCCUACCACCACUUAUUCCCUUUGAUAAAUUGGGUGGAGUUCCCCCCGAGGACCAGUGGUCGGCAUCGGAGAAUCAUGCCAAAGGCAUGAGUGUGAGUAGUCGGUACCAGUGCACGGCUUGCCAGAACCACUUCUGCAUUGACUGCGAUCUCUUUGCGCACGAGGUCGUACACAAUUGCCCCGGAUGCCAAAGUAAGAGCAUCCAGGCGGUCUCCGAGGGAAUGGAUACGACUGUUUAA